CGCACUCAAAAUGGCGGCGGCGCUCUGGGGCGGCAGGCGGCGGCGAGCUCUUCCCGGAUAUCUGCGCACGGAUACAAAUCUUGUGGCUGCAUUCAAAAUCCAGAAGAUGAUCCCGGCUGUGCCAGUGGCACGAGGAGCAACACGGCGCGGCAGCAUUCCCGGAGGAUGGAUGGAGAAGAAGAAAAUCCUGAUGAAGUCCAAGGUUGCUGCUCCCAACCUCCUGAGGGCUCUGUAUUCCCUCUACCAGCUUGGGCACCUUUGUGACGUGACAGUCCUCACCCAACACCUGGGAAUUCAGGAGGAAAUCCUGGCUCAUAAAGCCGUCCUGGCAGCUUCCAGCAACUACUUCAAGGGGCUCUUCCUGCACCAGGAGAUACUGGACACCCAGAAGUGCACGGUGACUCUGCAGGACAUCUACACCGAGGAGUUCACCUCCUUCCUGGAGUUUGUGUACACAGCAGAAGUGGAGAUAGAGGCGGGAAAACUCCAGAGGAUGAAGGAAAUAGCAGAAAGGCUGGAAUGCAAGGAUUUGCUUGAUAUCUGUGAGGAAGUGAAAGCAGAAGGCAGGAAGGGCUUGGAUUUGAGCCUCCACAUGAAAGGGCAGAGGGGUGAAAAGAGGGGAUCACAGUGGCCUUGUAUCCAGCAAGAGGAAAACCCCAGGAACUCUUCCCAGGUCAUGGCAAUUCCCAUGCAGAGAAAACUUUGGGAUAGGCAGAAACAUAAGGAGCUUCUGCCGGGCUAUGAGCUCAUUGGUGGCCAAGCAGGAGGCCUGGAGCAGGAGGCCACAGCUUUUCCAGCCCCAAAAUCCAGGCCAGCAAAGCUGCCCAAAUGCAACAAGACACAUUCCCCAACCAGACUGUGUGUGGAUAUCACCAGCCUGGAAAACAAGGAUGGUCAUUCUCUCUGCAGGGAGAAGGAGCAGAAGCAGGAAUCCCAGGUGUGUCCCUACUGUGACAAGGCCAUCAGCUCCAAGUGCAGCCUGGCCGCGCACAUCCGGACACACACGGGGGAUGGGUGCUAUAGGUGCCAGCACUGCCCCGCCAGCUUCACCCACAGGGCUGCCUACACCUCCCAUCUCAGGAAAAUCCAUGAGUCUGGGGAAGAGAGGAAACUCCUGCCUGUUUAUUGGAUGGUGGUUCCACCCACACAUGGCCUAAACCCCACAUGCCGUGACAAAGAUCCCAACGGAGAGACUUGGGAUGGGACACCAGAAACCUCAGAGUGUGAGGAAGAUGCCAGGAAUUCAUCCAUUGCUGAAGCAGAAAGGAGCAAGGAGCAAGAGGAAUCCCAGGAAGCUAAAAGAGCAAAUGAAGAUGGAGGUGGAAUGAGUGUGAAGGGCGAGGAGCAGGGAGACUAUGACACAGGAUACUCGGAAGUUGAAGGAAGCAGGGACAACGAGGUAUGUUCUGAGGAGGAGGAGGAUGAAGCCUCAACAGAGAAGGACAGCAAAGAACCUGAACCAGGGUUUAAACUAAAGAAGGCCAGUGAAAGUGUGGCCAACAAGAAAUCCAUCUACGUGAUCCAUUGCGACAAGUGCCAGGAGCAGUUUGUUUCCCGGAAAAAAUAUGUGGAUCACUGCCGGGAUGUGCACCGGAGCCUGCCUGGCAACGUGUACCGCUGCGAGGUGUGCAGCAAAGCCUUCGCCAGCUAUACCAGCUGGAAGGAGCACCGUGCCUAUGUGCACAAUGAGGAGAGGAGGUUCUCCUGCAGCCUCUGCCAGGCCACCUUCAAGAGGAAGCGGGAUGUGAGGACUCACUCCAUGCGAAAGCAUGAGGGCAGGGCCAAGCGGCCGCUGUGCUCCGUGUGCGGCAAGAUCCUGAGCUCCCACACGGCGCUGGUGUUCCACAUGCGGACGCACACUGGCGAGAAGCCCUACGAGUGUGGCGUGUGUCACUCCAGGUUUGCUCAGCCUUCCCAGCUCAAGAUCCAUACCAGAUCCCACACUGGGGAGAAGCCCUACAUUUGUGAGGACUGCGGUGCUUCCUUUGCCGACAGAGGAAAACUCACUGGCCACAAAAGGACACACACAGGAGAGCGGCUCUUCAGAUGUGACGUGUGCGGGAAGGACUUUGCCACCAACGAGUACCUGAAGUGCCACAGGCGCUGUCACCUGGGAGCCAAACCCUACAGGUGUGAAGUUUGUGGGAAAGCCUUCGGUCUCAGAGCCUCCCUGGCCCAGCACAGCAACGUCCAUGCAGAGACCCGUCCCUAUUUCUGCGAGCAGUGUGGGAAGGCCUUCACACAGCAGGGAGCUCUGCGGCGGCACCAGCGCAUCCACACUGGAGAGAAGCCCUACAAGUGCCGGGCCUGCGAGAGGACCUUCACUGACGUGUCCACCCUGCGCCGACACGUAGCGAUCCAUGACCGGAAUGCUCACUGGAGAAACUUCUUGAUUGACCUCACACAAAAAAAAGACAACAAUUGGUCCAAAAUAGAGACUUUAGCAGAAGUGCAUCCAGGAGGAGAUCCAAUGCCGGAAAUUUGAUCAGUUGACCACGGGAAACUUUAUAAACGAGGAAGUGCUAAAGCAGCAGCAGCUCACAUGACACCUGGGCUUGGGGACACCGGGAACACUCACCCCUCCCUUUUGUACUUAUAAAGUCACUUUUAGACCCAGAAUGGACUGUUGGAGGCAGAAUGGUGGGUAUUAUCCUUUGGAAUGCAGGGAAUCAUUCUCGAUGGUCACUGCCUCGGGAGCUGCAUUGCAGGAGGUAAAGGUGUAAUUCCUCAUGAGGGUGUUUAUUCCACUGAAAUGUUUGCAUCUGUCCAGAGGUUUAUUUUUCCCAAAGCUGCGGGAGCAUCCCAUUCGGAAUGGGCAGGGUAGGGUGUGUGUUUAUACAAACACGGCGCAGUGCGGCCGCUAUCACCCAUUCCUCCUUUAAUAAAGCUGCCAGUUCCGCCCA